GUAUGUAAACUUUCCUCAGAGAUAAUGCCAGGCGCUCGCGUGAAUGAUUUGAUUCGAUGAGGCUCAAGUUUAAUCAGUUUUAUUUGUGAACUCGACGAAGACGGACUUGGGCGGUUCCGUUAGAAGACUUGCGAUGGCGAAAUUCUACAAAAUCUGGAUUGUUGCACUGGCGGCGAUAUGGCUUGCGGCUGACCCGGCACAAGCUUUUCUUUGCAUGUGUUCGCCAAACAGUUGCGUGUUGAUCCACCCGAAUACGGAUUUCUUUGAGAAUGCUGAAAGCUUCUGUUCGGCGUUCCGCACCGAGGCGCAUGAUAUCUCGAUCAUCAAGCUGAUGGACACGACGUUGUCGUCGAAUGCAUUUCAGAAGUUCCCGAACAUGACCGCACUGGAGAUAUUCCAAGGACAGCUGGAGUCGUUCAGCUCCGAUACGUUCAGCGGUGCGGAGAAGCUGCUGAAACUGCUGAUAAGGGGGAAUAAUCUGUCGAGUCUGGAGGAUUACAGCUUCAAGGGAGCGGACAACCUGCGGGAUUUGAUGAUUUCGUCGAAUCCGUUGAACAAAAUCUCGGAGAAUGCGUUUGCCAACUUGAAGAACUUGGAGAUUUUGAUUCUGGCGCAUGGUGAGCUUACCGCGCUGCCAAAGAAUUUGUUCCAGAACAAUCGCAUGCUGAAGAUGAUCUCGUUGAGCAGCAACAAGAUUGCAUCGAUUGAUGAAGAAGUGUUCAAAGGACUCGAUGACCUAGCGAAGCUAGAGCUGGGAGAUAACCAGCUGACAUCGUUUGAUUUUAGGUUCCUGAAAGCGGGUGUUGUGGUUGUGAACAACAACAGUUUGCAACACCUGGUGAUUAAUGAUCACUGCAGUUCAAUGUACGCGAGCAACAAUCAGAUCGAAACGAUCAGCGUCGGUAGUGGAGCAAAUGUGAACAAGUUGGUGCUGCUGCACAACCGUAUUCGGGACAUUAGCAACAUCACAAAGCUGGUUAACCUGACCAGUUUGUCAUUGGGUAGCAACAACCUGGAGCCGAACUCGGUGUUCAACAAGUUGUCAGCUUUGGAGGAACUGAUGCUGCAGUCAACGUACAUCAACCUUACUGCGGAAACGUUCGCCAAUUUGACAAAUCUCAAGAUCCUCGAUCUAUCGUACAACAAUCUCACCGAGGUGGACUUUAAGAUCUUCAGCAAACCGAACGCGAUCCAAAUCCUAAGUUACGUUGGAAACCGAAUCAAGAGCUUCAACUACCUGGAAGCGCGGGAGUUUCUGCCGCGACUGCGAGUUCUGGAAAUCUGCAAGAACGGCUGGAACAACACCUUCUUCGAAACGAACAUCUUGCGCAUGAAGCGAUUCCAGAUCAGUCCGGACAUUCACGGAUUUGCGUCGCACUUUUUGUUCCGCGACGAGUACGUCAACAUGUGCUCCGAGCGGCUGGUCGACGACUACGCGUACGAGGAAUACGCCGAACCUCCGCCGGACAACUACGUUGAGGACGAAAUCAAGGAAUCCUACCCUAAGGAGCUGACGACGACACGGACUACAACAACCACCACCACUACGACGACCAGGACGACCACAACACCAGCGCCAACUUCCACCCAGCGGUCGACCUCAACGGAACGGGCCAACUCCGCGCCGCAUCACAUCGCCGAGCACAACACGAACACCACGGCCGGAUUGAUCGCUGCCAAGGAGAACACGGUGGAGAAAGCCUCGCCUUUCUUCAUCACCUUCCAGGUGCUGGUGUACAUCCUGUCCGUCGUUGGACUCGUAGCGCUCGGUGCCGUAGCGUACCUGUGGAAGAAGCGGCAACUGGACGUGAGGACCUUGACGUCCGAUUCCGGGUCGACCGAUGCCGUCAGGUCUUCCGAAACUUGGUCUGGACGGGCCGGGACCGCCAGUAGUAUUACGACUUUUGCGAUAAGAACAUCUCCGGGCAAGGACGGCAUGAACGCAUAUCGAACAAUCGUCAUCCUUGGAGUGCUUGGGACGUUCAGCCAUGUAAUCAGCAUCGGGAACGACGACUUUGUCGAUGCCUGUUUUGGAAAGGAAGGCGACAAGCCACCGCACUGCGAGUACAUCGACUUUGACGAUGUGUUCGAGAGCUCGGAUAUUAAAUUCAACUGGAGUUUUAUUACCAAGCUAACAAUCAGCAACAAAAGGAUCAUUGGAAUACCGACGAGAAUGUUCGAGUCGCUACCGAACUUGGAGAGCUUCGUGGUGGUGAACAGCUUGUUCUACCGGGAGAUUGAUCCGAGCAGCUUUGUCGACUGUCACAAGCUGGAGCAUGUCGAAAUAACCGGAACCAACAUCAGCUUUCUUGACACGCAUUUGUUUCCCAAGACGCCGAACUUGAAACAUCUGCUGUUCCAUCACAAUCGUAUCAACGAGAUCAAGCAUGAUACGUUCGAAUUCUUGGUCGAACUCGAGGAGCUGAAUCUCUCAUACAACAAUCUAACCAACCUGCAGAGUGGAGUGUUUCACAAGUUGAAGAAUCUGAAAACGCUCGACCUUAACCACAACCAACUGGUUCUACUGAGCUUCGACAGCUGGUUCCCCCCGGAUGGGAUUCAUUCGCUGGCCUAUCUGGACGCUUCCUACAACCGCAUUGUUGAGCUCGCCUGGAGUGAAAUCACCGUGAAGAAAGUCAACCUCAAGUACAACAACUUAACGAGCGUCCACAUAAGCGGCAAUUGUUCGGAACUUCACGUCUCGUACAAUACGAUCGAGUCGGUAACGGUCGGCGGCAAUUGCUCAAUUGAAAAAUUAUACCUCGCACACAACGCCAUCCGCAACUUUGGCGAUCUGCGGAAGUGUUCGGAAACGCUCCGUACGCUGGACAUUUCCUUCAACAUUCUGCAGCGCCGGUUCGACUUUCUCGGCAUGAAACAGCUGACCGCGCUGAACGUCGAGUGCACCAACCUCACCCUGGAGUACACGACGCUGCACGAUCUGCGCAAGCUGCGCUUCCUCGAUAUCUCGUACAACAACCUGAAGAAGAUCGACUUUGAGAAUCUAACCUCGCAGCGGCUGCUCGAGCGGCUCAUGAUCAGCGGCAACCCGAUCGGGAACAUGUCGAUCGAGUCGAUCAAGCGCAACUUCCCGAACCUGAAAGCGCUCGGCAUCUACGACCUGCCGUGGAACGAAUCUUCGCUGUCGGUUGCGAUCGAGGACCUCAAGAAGCACGACAUCAAGCCGUACAUCAAGAACGACUACCUGUUCGAGGAGUCACUGUGUCCGCUGAGGAUCACGCGCAACUUCAGCGGAAACGGGGACGAUCACGAGGAGUCCGCUGAGCAGGGUUCGGGCGGAAGCAAAACGGUGGAGUACGUCGUGAUCGUACUGCUGGUGGUGGCGUGCUGUGGACUGCUCACGAAAGUGUUUAUCGAUAGCCGAUACUUUGGACUAAUUUUCCGCGAACGUGGCGGUCAUCGAUCGUCCAUUUCGCACGAGAGUUUGGUUAGCUGUGACUUGAAUGCAUGAGUUUAUAAUAAAGUGGGAAAAAUAAAGCCGGAAACCAUGUGACAAGUGG